GCCCAGAGCCGGAAGCUGCCCUGGGGCAAGACGCGAGACGGGGGCCGCCGCUCAGACCACCCUGGCGGACCGCAGAAACUUCCUAGGUGGCCGGGCGUUGCCUGCUUCCUGGGGCUUUGAGCGAACCCAGCUGCGCCGGGUCCAGAGGAGGCGUCCGUGGGGGCGAGCGGUGUCCCGGGCCGGGGCCCGCGGCGGGCGAGCGGGAGUGGUAGCCCCGCACUGCACUUCACAGAAAAGCCGUACUGACUUGUCACUCUGCAAGAGGUGAAAUUGGCACAGGCGACCCACGACUUGGUGUCAGAUCUCCUUAUAUUUUGGAUUCUGGCAAUGUUAUAAUGGAUGACACUUUGACAUCAGAUGUCGUUGGUCGGAGAGUCGAAGUUAAUGGAGAGCAUGCAACAGUGCGUUUUUCUGACGUUGUCCCUCCUAUGGCAGGACUCUGGUUAGGAGUAGAAUGGGACAAUCCCGAGAGGGGAAAGCAUGAUGGAAGCCACGAAGGGACUGUGUAUUUUAAAUGCAGGCACCCAACGGGAGGAUCCUUCAUUCGUCCAAACAAAGUAAAUUUUGGAGUAGACUUUCUCACUGCAAUUAAGAACCGCUAUGCGUUAGAGGAUGAACCAGAGGAAGAGGGAAAAGAGCAGAUUGUUACAAUUGGAAAUAAACCUGUGGAAACCAUUGGUUUUGACUCUGUUGUAAAACAGCAAAGUCAGCUGAACAAGUUGCAGGAAGUUUCUUUGAGGAACUGCGCAGUAAAUGGUCCUGGUGACAAAGGAGGAAUUGCCAAAGCUUGUCCUAAUGUUAGAAGCAUAGAUUUGUCAAAAAACCUGUUGUCAUCAUGGGAUGAAGUCGUAGAUAUUGCUGAUCAGCUCAAGCACCUGGAAGUCCUUAAUCUCAGUGAAAACAGACUAAAAUUUCCCUCCCGUUCACCAUCUCCAACUGGAACGUUUGCUGCACUGAAGGUUUUAGUCCUUAACCGGAUAGGAAUUACAUGGACGGAGGUGCUCUGCUGUGCCUCCGGGUGUCCUGUCCUUGAGAAACUGUACCUUGAGUCCAACAGUAUCGUCAUUUCAGAAAGGCCGACUGAUGUUCUACAGACGGUCAAGUUGUUAGACCUUUCUUCUAAUCAAUUAAUUGAUGAAAACCAGCUGUUUCUAAUAGCAUAUCUGCCCAGAUUAGAACAACUAAUCCUUUCUGACAUUGGACUUUCUUCUAUACAUUUUCCAGACGCUGGAAUUGGGUGCAAAACAUCAAUGUUUCCUUCCUUGCAAUACCUUGUACUAAAUGACAAUCGGAUAUCACAGUGGUCGUUUUUCAACGAGCUGGAUAAGUUACAGAGUCUGCAUACGCUGUCCUGCGCCAGAAAUCCCCUGACUGAAAGCAGCAAAGACGCACAGACCACACGGCAGUUCAUCGUCGCCAGGAUUGGUCAGCUGAGGACCCUGAACAAGUGUGCGAUUCAACGAGAGGAAAGGCGUGGGGCUGAGCUUGAUUACCGAAAAGCAUUCGGAAACGAAUGGAAAAAGGCUGGUGGACAUCAAGAUCCAGACAAAAACAGACCAAACGAGGAAUUUCUUGCAGCCCAUCCUAGAUACCAGUCACUCUGCCUCAAAUAUGGUGCACCUGAAGAUGGGGAACUCAAAGUGCAACAACCAUUUUUGCUCAAAAACCAGCUACUAACACUGAAGAUAAAACAUCCUAAUCAACUUGAUCAGAAAGUCAUAGAGAAACGACUGCCAGAGGAGGAAACUAAAGCCAGAGAGACUGAGACGCAUCCUCAUGGCGCCCGAGCCCCACACCAGCGUUCUCUCAGUAACUCAAUCCAUGACAAUUCAAAAGGUGAAAGGCUUGCUGUCACGUCUUCUCAAAGUUCCUGUGUCAGAACUUCUGUUGUCCUACGAAAGUCCCAAAAAAGGAAAUUUUGUGCAAAUGUUAAGAAAUACCACAUUGGUGACCUGUGAAAGUGCCAGCCAAGAACUAUCCUGAAAGACCAUAUAAUCUGCGGCCAAACCUUGGGCUUUCCUCAGACUUCCGCUCAGAUCAUCAUUCACCCACCCUGACCUUUAACACUGCGAACUGACCUCAUCAUCCUCUUGCUUCACACCGACAAGGAUCACCGCACAACUCCUUCAGUUUCCACAGCUGUGUUAGUUCUCGCGGAGAAUACUGAGGGGAAGACAGCAUUCCUGUUUCACAGGUCUUCUCACACAGCCACAGGCUGUCCUGUUGAAAAACGAAACAAAAGCUGAUUUGGGAGCCCUGACACCCUGCUGGAAGACAGCUGAAAGCGUGCAUACAGGAGCUUCCAGAUCCCAGUGAGGCUGAAGUUAUUUCAAAGACAAGUGCAUGUGUGAACCCACCCAGUUUGUGGGGGAUAGGAAAAGCACACACCGGUGACCCUGCGGCUGUGGAAUAAAGAAACAGUGCAGUGUGUGCAUUAAGAGUUUGCGAAGGGAGUUCUAUGACGAGAGGGUGUGGAAACCACAAAUGCAGAGUUUCGUAUUUGCUACUGGAGAAGAGGUGGCCAAAUAACAUUAUGAACAACAGCAAGUAUUGAGGGAAUGGUUACAAUAUUCGGGGGACAAUACCAAGUGCUUUAUAUUUUCUCACAAUAACCCUGUGAGGUAGGAAUUAUUUCCUUUUUACAAAUGAGAAACUAAGAGUGAAGAAACUUGCUCAAGGUCAUGCUGGUAGGCUGAGUAGGAAAGAUCGAAAUGGAGUCUUGUCAGACUCAGAGCCGGAGUUUUCACCCACCAGCCUACUUCCCAGCUCCGUGGACUGGCUUCUGUUUCCAGCAAUAUAGCAGAAUACAGAUCCCAUUCAAUUUGAGAACAUAAAAAGGAGGGAUAUAAUAAAAAAUGUCUUUUUAAAGGAUGGCUGAACUGGUGGCAAAGGAGAGGAAACUGGAGAGUAGAAGGGCCUGGAGUCAGCGUGUGCCUUGUACAGGCCACGCCUGGGGACAGGAGACUGACCACUCCUUCCUACAAAGCCCUGUGCCCCUGGGGGCCGAGAGCCUCCAGGGGUAUUAAAGGAAACAGAGGAGGCCUGUCUGUCUCCGCCCUGACCCUGGACGGGUGGGAUGGAGAGAGUCUCCCCUGAGCAUCUGGAACCGUAGCCCGCACUUAGGUGGGCCUGCAGCUGGAGUCACAUUCUGUGGAGCCACCUCACUGCCAGAAUCUGAAGUCAGCUGAUUCUUUUAAGUUUUAAAGCUGCAAAGAAUUUCUGAUCAAACGUAUAAAAACUUAAUUCAUUGUGAGUAGGAGAACUUCCAUUCAAAACAUUUCCUUUUGGUUUAGACUCAGAAAAAUAUUGUAUGAGAUCUAGGCAGAUUAUUGUGAAUUAGAUCAAGAGCACAGUGAUGAUGCCAGAAGACCGUCCACUCACUGUUCUGCCCAAGGUUUGAUAGAGAAACCUCGCUGAACUCCUCAGAACCCAGAGCCCAGCCCCACUCAGGCUUGCUUACCUGGUAUCUUUUAGGUCCUAUGGCUGCCAUCCAAAUGCCCAUGCUUACAUCUUCACCCUGCACAGGCCCCAUAAAGUUUAAAAUGUAAACAUUUAAAUGCUGUUUCAUCUAUAAAGACAAUGCCACACCCAUUCCCGUAAGUAAUCUUUCUACUUCUUUGUUUUGUGAUUAUUCUAAUAUGCAGUGCUGAGGAUGUAUUAUAACACUGAUACACGAAGUAAAAGCUACCUGCCAUUAACACACCACAAUGAAGUCUGACUAUACACACCAAGCAGCCAGCCCCUCUUCUCGUGGACCCUAAACUUCCAGCACUAACGGUAUGAAAGAUGCACUGGAUCUAAGAACCAGGCAGAGUUUUAUUUAUUUGCCAUCUCGGAAUCAGCAAAAAAGCAAGCUUAGUAUUAAGCUUGCUGAGUC